GUCAGAAAUGUUACAAUAACAAGUACGCUGCAGCUCUGACAGAUAAGAAUGCUAUUGCGUUACUACAGAUGAAACAGAAGCAUGCGUGCAGCAUGAUAAAUGAAUUAAACAGAUGCGGCAAUACUUUUUCCGAUCCCAUAAUUUAUCUUUUCACUCAAAUAGCACAUGGUGCAACUUCCGCGUUCUAGUGACAAAAAAUUCUAAAGAUUGACAGAUCAGGGCCAGACUCAAAACUAAAGCGAAAUGAGAUCAUUUCGAGGAAAACGGAACUUAAGAAAGAAACGAAACCAGGUUGUCGCCGCCUCCUUUCAGCUGCUGAACUCUGCUUACUUUCCGCCUACCUGGUGCUGUCAACAUGGGUUUUCUGUCCGGCUCCAAUCUGAAGCAAUCUGUGUUUCUGAUAUUACAGCCAGCAGUACUGUUUUAUAUGGGUGCAGAAGCUGUAACAGAAGUACUUACCAGGCUUGGUGACAUUGCAAAGCUGCCCUGUGAUGCUCCAGGUGAAUCUGAAGUUCAGUACAGAGCUAUCAGCUGGUACAAGGUAGCUGAUGAUGGGUUCAGUUUAUCUGGAAUUGUGCGAAGGGAUCUCAAAGAGAACAUUGUCUGGAGGUAUCGGGGUUUCAAUAGAUACAUUGACGUUAAUUCUGCCAGUCCGUAUUUCUUGACAAUUUACAACGUCAGCAGUGAAGAUUUUGGAACAUACCAGUGUUCUGUCUGGGCACCACUUGGAGAGCAAAAUGUAAAGGGAAAUGUGAGACUGCAAAAAAUGCGUGAAUCUAACCAGUUUGAAAGAAUAACCAGGAAUAUGCUGAUAUUCAUCAUAAUGGCAAUGUGCCUGCCUCUCAUUCUAUGCAUGUACUUUGUGUACGAGAAGUAUUCCAGAGCAGUGGAAACAUGUGUAAAAGAAAUGAGCAAGACAAUGAAGCCAUUUGGGGACAAUGUGCCCUCUUAUACCAAUAUUUAAUGCUGAAACCUAAACAUGAGAGACCCACAGCAUCGUGAAAGGUCGAGUCUGGAUUGCACUGCGCAGCAUAAAACUAUUGAAGGCUGCACAAAUUGAUGGGAUGAAAGAGUUUCUCUCUUUACACAAUGAGAAAGCUGAAAUUGAAAUGAGAUUGAGCAUUCUCAAUGCAGUUGCUCAAGAGUUCACAACAAUAUGGCCUGGAUUUUCUACUUCUCUAAUAGAUUAGGGAUAUCAAUGGAAAAUCUCUGUACUACCAAACCAUGAUUUUCAACAAACUGAAAAGCAAAUAGGAUUUCCUGUUGUGUGCUGAUAGGUGGAAAACCUAGGCCGACAUUUCCCUGAAUGAAUGCAAAGUCAGCAGUCACAAUACUACAGCCUAGCUCCAACUGAUUGGUUUCACCUCAAUUCAUGUCCUGAAUAGCAGUCCCUCUAAUUUUCUUACUAGCUGCCUGGUCCUCUGAGACACUUGUGCAGCGGCAGCUUCUGGAACUGGAAGUCAAUGCCAUGAUUGGCACAUCAACACAGAUUAUCAUGCGCGGAACAUGAGUGGCUGUAUAUGCAUAAUUUAGAGGGAAUGUUGAUCCCGAGUUCACUAGCUUCUUCUAAAACCUGGAGCUUGGACUGUACAGUCUCAGGCUUAAAUGCAUUUCAUGAUUAACUGUAUGAGUUGCUGAGAAAAUCAUGUAUGCAGAGUUGGAAAAAUAGCGUCACAUUUUGGAAGUAUAUUGUUGAGUUCAGCAUUUGUGGUGCAGAUGUUUUCAAACUGGAGCUCAUCAACAAAAAACAAAACUUGUAUUUCUCUUGGCAUGUGGGUCUGGACCGGCUUAAGUAUUGACCACAAAAACGUAUUUCAUUGUGUUCAGGAGAAUACCACACAUGAUAGAAACCCGAAAUGAGACGGAAGAAUGCAGCAAAUGCAAGGAUGAGGGUUGAACUGACAAUAAUAAUAUAAAAUUAACCAGUGAACUGCAGAUGCUGGAAAUCUGAGCCAUAAAAGAAAAUGCUGGAAGAAUUCAGCAGAUCUGGCAGCACCUGUGAAGAUAAAAACAGUUAACAUUUCAAGUCCAGUGACAUUUCUUCAGUUCUGUUUGUUCUCUUCACAGAUGCUGCUUGACUUGUUGAGGUUCUCCAACACCUUCUGUUUUUGAUAACAUGAUCAUGUUCCCUGCACCUUCUUUUUCAUGGAAAAGAACUGUAUUAUUUAACUGGUCAUAUGUAUUUGAACUGUAUGUGAAAUACACCAUGGAAGAUUAGCUCUCAGACAUCCUGAUUAACAGGGAAAUAUUUGAUGUGGUUGUGGUAGGUUUGAUGUCAGUCAAUACCAAGGACAAAAAUGACUACUACAGUUAGAAGAGCCAGGCUCAGACAGUCUGAACAUUGUAAGUAUUCCAGCCAAAUUGCACUGAUCAUGGUGUGAAGUGGUCCGCUGUCAGAAAGAAGAUCAGGAAUGACUGACAUGUUUCAUGGACCAAUAGUUCUCACCAGCAGAAUCAGCCAUUUGAGGAUUGUAAUUUAUUGGCCAAAUCCAAGGGGUGUUGUAGCUAGGAGGUUAAGGUAACUUAAGGGUAACAACAAAUUCCAUUGAUUUGGGUCUGAAUUGAGUAACGUUUGAGCAGUAAAAUGAGAUUUUGCAAAUAGAUUAGCUAAUAUAUCAUGGUGACUUGUGUAUGUUUUGGGUACAUCCUUUGUAUGAUGCAUUCAAAAAUGUACUGGCCUAGAAAUUCAGCAAACCUUUCACUGCUAAAUAAUUUGUGAGCCUAAAAACUGAAUGUGCCAGCAUUGUAUUUUGGAGUGGAAACCAAAAGAACAGUGGAUGCUGUAAAUCAGAAACACAAAACAGAAGUUGCUGGAAAAGCUCUGAAGGUCUGACAGCAUCUGUGAAGAGAAAUCAGAGUUCAUGUUUCUUCAGGAAGGGCCACCAUACCUGAAACGUUAACUCUGAUUUCUGUUCACAUGCUGCCAGACCCGCUGAGCUUCUCCAGCAACUUCUGUUUUUGUUUGUAAUUUGAAGUGUCUGUUCCCAGUGCAUUUGCAAUGGUUCCUAAAGCCAUUAACACUUGAUUUCCAAGAUGCUAUCGAACUGGACUAGUCGGUCUACAGUUGGUAUAGACUAGUUUAGAUGCAAUGUUUUACGUAGGGUGUACAGACUUUUGAUGUCUAAAGUCAAACACCCUUUUUAUGAAGAUGUACCCUUUGAAUAGUCUUUUAGAGGCUAGGUAAUUAGCUACAAGGUGUUCACAAUCCCCAGCCAGCCAGAAGUGCAGAAAAUUGGACUCUAUAAGGGAAUUGGUAAGUAUAGUAAUAGUAAUGGGAAGCUGCUUGCAAUUGAGCAGGAAUUAAAUGUGAUAAACACUGUGUUUGCUACAGUGGCUACUGGGUGGAGCAGCAGACGCACAUGCACAAAAUUACAUUAAUGAAAAUGAAUUAUUGUCCAGAUUAAUUCAGAUACUGAUCACACUGACUCCCUGAUAUCAAUCUUCAACUGGACUGAUAGAGCAGUUUCCUAUAUAACCAUUAAAAACAAUUUUACCAUUCACUGGAUCUGCAACACUCACUCUGAUUUCUGUCCACAGAUGCUGACAGAACUAUUGAGUUUUACCAGGAAUUUUUGUUUGUUUUUACUUUCCAACAUUUGCAGUUAUUUCUGUUUUUUUAUGUAUUAUGUAUUCUUUGGUUUAAAGUGGAACAGGAGAAUCAUGAGAUGAAAACAGUGAUUCAUGUAAGAUGCACAUUUGAUUUCGGGGAUGGGGUGUUAGUUGAGGUGAUGGGGAGUAAUUGGGUGGUAGAAUUAGUUGUGGAGUUACUAGGUGUAAGAAUAGGUUUUCAUCCAACAUUUUCCUGGGUACAUAAUACAUGAAAGUACUGCAGAACUGCCUGGACUCUCCAACUCUAACUCCAAAAGUCAUUGACAAUCACAGAUGGUCCAGGGGAGCAGAGGAACUAUUGAUUGGAAGUUUAAAUUUCUCAGGCAUUUCCCACAUAGACCCACAUAUCAGGAAUUCCUCAGUGUCCUUACGAACAUCCUGAAUGUUUGGUUUCUGAUGCUAUAGAGAUUUGGCCAAAUAAUUAGUUGGAGUUGCUAUUGAUUGACAACUCUAAUCAAAUUACAGAUUUAAUAUUUGCUAUUACAAAUACAGGUGGCAUUGUGCUCAGUGGUUAGCAUUGCUGCCUCACAGUGCCAGAGACCCGGCUUCAAUUCAAGCCUUGUGUGUCUGUCUGUGCAGAGUUUGCACAUUCUCCCCAUGUCUGAGUGGGUUUCCUCCGACAGUUCAAAGGUGUGCAGGUUAUGUGGAUUGGCCAUGGUAAAGUGCUUGUAGUGUCUAGGGAUGUGCAGGCUAUGUGGAUUAGCCAUGAUAAAUGUGGGGGUUACAGUGAUAGGGUUGGGAGAAGUUCUGUGUGGGAUGCAGAACUGAUGUACCGAGUGGCUUAUUUCUGUUCUAAAGUAGUUUUAUGAAUCCAACUGGCUGCCAAUAUAAUUAGCAGAAAGUUUUACAAGUGUCUGAUACUGAUUUUGAUUUCUAUUAGUAACUAAACACAAAAGCACGUAGAAUGAUACAAAAUA